AUGCCUCCAGGGCGUCCGCCGAAGGAGGGCGCUCAUCGAAAGCCAAACCCCCUGAGAAAUCGACCACCCAUCAAGGCUCCACUUCCACCCAUCUUUCAACAGAAACAAGAUUCUGCAGCUGCUGCGGCUGCAAAGGCAGCCCCUCGACCGGCUCGCCGCGCUUGCCCAAACAAGACCUGUUCUGCACCUGAUGUCGUCGAUGGAGUCUGUCACAAUUGCGGUACCAUCGUCGACGACUCGAACAUUGUUUCAGAAGUUCAAUUCGGCGAGAGCUCCAAUGGCGCUGCCGUGGUUCAAGGUAGUUUUGUUAGUGCCGAUCAAGGCACGGCCAAGAGUUUGGGUCCUGCCUUUCGACGAGCUGGCGGCAUGGAGGACAGAGAGUCUACGAUUCGAGAAGGCCGACGAAUUAUGCAAGCAUUAGCCGGCCAGCUUGUGAUCCCCGAGUCGACUAUCAUGAGCGGAGUACAAAUAUUCAAACUUGCUGCAAACAACAACUUCAUCCAAGGCCGUCGCAUGGACAUGGUCGCUGCUGUCUGCCUCUAUUCCGCUGCUCGCAAGGAGUCGCCUUGUAGAGUUAUGCUCAUUGAUUUUGCCGACAGACUCCAGGUCAAUGUGUUCAAGCUUGGUCGCACCUUCAAAUCUCUCCACAAAACCAUCACGCUUUCGGCUGAUGGUAUUUUGCCCGUCUUGCCAGAGGACUUGAUCUACCGUUUCGCGGAAAAACUUGAAUUCGGCGAAUUCAGGGACAAAGUCGCUGAAGAUGCCAUCCGAAUGGUUCAACGUAUGAGUAUGGACUGGAUGGUUCAAGGCCGACGUCCCUCUGGUGUAUGUGGUGCUUGUCUUAUACUUGCUGCUCGCAUGAACAAUUUCCGCCGUACAAUCACCGAAGUCGUCUACAUCGUCAAAGUCACCACACACACGAUCCAAAAGCGUCUCGAUGAAUUCAAGGUCACACCGAGUAGCGCUCUCACCGUCGAGGAGUUCUUGAACAACGAGUUUCUCGAGACCGCCCACGAUCCGCCAUCUUUCUAUGAGAAGUCUGAAGAAUGGCAAAAGAACAAGAAGAAGCGUAAGCGCAGAGGCCACGAUGGCUUUGACGAAGAAGACGAGAAUGGGGAGAACUCGGGAAGCAAUGGCGAAGGCGAGGGCGGCCGAAGCAAGCGUCAAAAACCUACUGAGCCAAACCCCAACCCCGACCAGCCAGUUCAGUCUGUUGAGCUUCGGCGUGAUGCAGACGGCUUCGCCAUCCCACCUCAACCUACCCAAUCCCACGACAUUCCAAUUGAUCCCGACCUCGUUGACGAGGCCAUUGCAGACCAAACAUCUACCACAUUCGACAAGCUUGUCGCUCAAUUCGGUGAUAUUCCGGAUGCCCCUUCUAAUCCCGAUGAGGAUGGCGAUGCUUCAUCUACAACCAGCGCCCCGAAACUUCGUGAAACGCGCCUGGUUCGUGCAAUCAAUGUCCCGGACGAGUGGGCAGCCAUGGAAGAACGCAUGGAGACCGAGAUAUCUGAGGUGAUCAACGAUCCCAACACAAUUUACCACGCCGCCUCCUACGCCAAAGCCCAGCGCCGUGCAGCCGCUCAUAUGCUCAUAGCGGAGAAGGACAACCCGUCCAGGAAUAUUAGCAUGGACGUUCAUAUCGGAGAGGACGAGUUCGCGGAUGACCCUGAAGUCGUCAACUGCAUACUCGCUGAAGAGGAAGUCCGGAAGAAGGAGAAAGUCUGGGUCAACACCAACAGAGACUGGCUCCGCAAGCAACAGAUCAAGAUGUGGCGACAGAAGCAAGCAGAGAAUGGUCCUCCAAAAGCCAAGCGCAAUCGCAAGCGCAAGCCCCGUAUCGGCGAAGGCCAAACAACAGCUGCAUCAAGCCCAGCCGAGGCCGCGAUCAACGUCAUGAAGGAGCGCGCAUUCAGCAAGAAGAUAAACUACAACGCCAUCGCAGACAUCUUCAAGGGAAUCAGCAAUCUCAAGAACGGAGACGAACUCGGCAGCGCUGGUACCAGCCGUGUUACAUCCCAGGCAGGCAGUGACAUCGGCGAUUCAACAGAAGGAUCGUCUCGUGCAUCGUCGCUUGCUCCAUCUGUGGCCGAAAGUGUCAACAGCCAGGCUUCUACUGGAUCUAACUUCCUCCGCGUUCCCAAGGACCACUAUGUACGUCGGAAGAAGGCCGCAGCUGCAUCGACCACCGGUACUCCAAGAGCCACAUCUGCCUCUCCUUUCGCGGCCAGAGUUCAAUCGCCCGCCGCCACAGAUGAGGGAGAUGAUGAUGACUAUGUCCGUCCAAGCCCCACUCCCCGCGCACGCGCACAGGAACCGGAAGAUGAGACCGAGGACUGGAGAAGCCAGGUUCGCAACGCAAACCAAGUCGGGACGGGUCUUGACGAGGAAGAGGAGGUCUUGGAUGAUGAAGAGGAUUACGAUGAUUACGGCGGGGUUGAGGCAGGUGGUAUUCCGGAUGAUGUUUCUGAUCGUGGUUUCGACUUGGACGACGACGAGGAUAUUGGCUUUGGGGACGACGACUAA